UAGGGCAGGGCUUCCGUUACGGACAGUCCAGUUACAGUGCUCUCUGUACGCACGGAUCUCGCGGCGUGGGCUAACGAGUCGCGGUGGUUGUAAUCGGGAAGGAGAGACGCUCCGAAGAGAGGACACUCGUCGUCUUGAUUAGCAUCGGGCUGCGCCGCUGAUUUUCCCUCUGGAUCACCAACGCCGACGCGCGUCUCUCCGCCGCAGAUCGCUACAGCUGAUCCAGGAUGAGACACUUUGGCCGCUGUUGCGCGUACCUGAUCGCCGUCCUGCUGGCCACGGCCUCGGCAAGGUCGGCCGAGACCAACCCGACCAACUCCAUCGACGAGGAGACCGCGAGGUCGACCGGCAACAGCAACGUGUUCGGCGACCUGCGGCAGAUCUACCAGGUGUACAAAGAGUGCGCCGACGAGGAGCUCAGCCCUUGUCUGAAGGUCAGGCUGCUGUCCGCGGUGGACAGGAUGUACAGGAGCAUCGAGUUGAACGUGGCCGACGGUGUCACGUUCGUUCGCGACGACCCGGUCGUCAACGAGGAGCCGGCCAAGUCUAUCCAGGAGAUAGAGGUCACUCUGCCUAGAGCGUUGGACGACAAGGAGGACGCGCUGAACACCAUGAUCUUCGACAAGGUGGUUAAGUUCUUCCAGAGCCAUACGCUGAAGCUGAAGCUGCCGAACGUCGAGGAGCUGCAACGUAGCCUCGUUGAGGAAGGUCGCAAGAAGAAGAAGAAUCUCAGCGGCUUACUGGCCAUCCCCCUGCUGAUCGGCGGCACCCUGGUCCCGCUGGCUUUGGGCGCCUUGGCCUUGCUCGCUGGCAAAGCGUUGAUCGUCAGCAAGCUCGCGCUGGUGCUCGCCUCGAUCAUCGGCCUGAAGAAGCUGGUGUCCGGCGGCGGGGAUCAUGGCCACGAGGUCGUCCAAGUCGGCGGAGGCCACGGGUCGAGCGGAUGGGCGCGGUCGAGCCACGACCUCGCCUACUCCGCCUACAAGCCGGCGUCGACCUAGGAAAAACAAUGGCCCCGCGUCAACAUCACUUCGCAAUCUCAUCGGACUUCGCUUUCACGGGCGCCGCUACUCGCCCAUAUCUCGCCUCCACGAAUCCCCGUGUCGCCGCGCACACCCGCGUCUACGCUCCCCCAUGACACCGCGAGCGCCCGUUCCGCGUCAUCCUCACUAUUUAUUGUUCCCCGCGGUGCUGCGAGGCAGCCAUGUAUAUUUAUAGAUACGCAAAUAUAUUAAGAUUCAUACCAGCUACCAACAGCCCAUUCUUCUAUCCCGAUCAUUAUGAUCUGCGACGUCUUCCUACAGCUCGAGGCUCGGAGGAAAGAGGGCUGUCGACGGUGUCGCGCUUUGUAACCUGUUCGCACCUUGGCGACGCACACGUGAGUCGUUGAUCUAGAAUUGUAUCAACUUCCCUGAAAACACCGUAACAGCUGGCAGGUCUGUGCACGUGCAUUGAAACGUGUUUACUCGUGGGGCUCGAUGACAAUCGAACGUGUCAAGACGCGAACACGUCAAGAACACGUGGAGUUUUUUUGUUAGAUAACAGACGAUUUGUUAAUAAAAAAUAUUUUCCUGUA